AUGAGCUUCUUAUCAAAAACUUUAGUUAUCAUUUCAAUACUUCAAUUGAUCCAUUCAGGAUAUUCCACAUAUGAAUUUAACCAAGUAAUCAAACAAUUAAAUCUAAAGAAAACAUUGACUAUUAGCACUUCCGCUUCCAAUUAUAAUACUUUUGCUUCUAGCUUACCAAUGGAUAUUCAAUAUGAAGCCUUAUUUGCAUUAUUUUUAUUUACUAUUGGUAUUUUUUUUUCAUUUGAAACCGUGAGUUAUAUUCCAUUAUCCUCCAAGAAAGUUGUUCAGACCGCAGAAUAUUUGCAACCGAUUGAUAUGAAUAGAGCCAGUAUAUUAGAUAACUUACAAGAAAUUGAUCCAUAUGGUGGAAUUAACAACACACCCAUGUUAACUGAUUUAUUGCAAAAAAGAAGGGAAUACAGAGAAUGGGCCAAAAAAAAUGGACUUGGUGAUGAUAUUAGCGAUGAUAAAGAUCAGGUUGUUAAAAUUGUAAAUGGCACCAGUGAUUCUAAGCAGUUUGAUAAGGCAUUGGAUGUUGCCACCAAAGCAGUUACUGAAAGAGAUAAUAUAAAAAAUAAUAGCACCAAGACUAAAAGAGGUAAUAAGAAGUAA